UUUUUUCAUAUUUUUAUUAAAUUUUGGAUGGUUUCCAUUAAAAUUUUUGUAACUCACACAUUCCAUGCUUUACAUUGGAUUAAAUAGAUUAAAUAAAAUGUACUUAAAGAGAUGUACUUGGUUUGGUGGAGUAAAGUUAUUACUACUAAGCUAACUCAAAUGUUUAAAAAAAAGUGUAACCAAAAAAAAGAAAAAUAAUAAUAAUAAAAAAAUAAAAUAAACAGAAAAUAGCCAAAGAGGCAUUUUCUGGUUCGUGCUUUGUCAUUAUCGACAGCCCUGCCAACCUUGGGCGCCAAAUUUCUGUUUCAAUGAAACCCUAACUCUAAUUAGUUUCCAUUCUGAAUACCCGAGAUUGGAACUCAAGCCUUGGGGUCCUGCUCUUCAAGGAAAGUUUGCAUGCCCAUGUUGGAGGAAAACCAAUCUAGACGGGACGGAUGUAAAUCUGUUGCGAAGACACUGGCCAAAUGGAAGGAAUGCAAUGGUCCUCAUGAUUCAUCAAAGGAUGAUGGUAAACCAACAACAUGUAGAGUUCCAGCCAAGGGAUCAAAGAAAGGUUGUAUGAAAGGUAAAGGGGGCCCCGAGAAUUCUCAAUGUAACUUCAGAGGUGUGAGGCAGAGGACUUGGGGCAAGUGGGUUUCUGAAAUUCGGGCACCAAAUAGGGGUAGUAGGCUUUGGCUAGGUACAUUUUCAACAGCCAUUGAUGCCGCACUUGCCUAUGAUGAAGCUGCAAGGGCUAUGUAUGGUUCUGGUGCUCGCCUUAACUUUCCUAAUUUUUCAAAUCCCAGCACACAAAAGGAUUCUACGUCAGUUCCAACACCAACGGGGUGUUGCCCAGAAGCAAGUCCUGCAAAUUCUGAGUCCUCUCGAACAUCAAUCCAUUCAGAAGUCUUUGCUGUUGAGGAUAGGGCGAAGCCUGUUUCCACCAAUGUAAGGAAUAAAGGUGUCAUUGAUCAUGGUAAAGUACACGAGAAAAGGGAACAUAAAUGAAAAUUCAGUAUUAAAAUCCUUUUCAUUUGAUGAUGUAUACUUGGUUAAUUGCUAGAAAUUUCAUAUUCUUACCCUGGAUGAAAGUAUACACAUUGGCUAUGUUUGUAUCUUUUAGUCUCUCUGCUCUAAUUAUUGCGAGUUAGAGAUCCUGUUUCGAAUUGACAGACUUAUUCUGCAUUAUUAGGAAAUGUAAUGAUUUUCAUAUUCAAUUUCCUCCUUCAAGUCUGGAAGGCAUCAGUAACACUUGAUACAGUUAUCGUCUCUUA